CAUCAGCAAAUCACUCACUCGCUCAGUUGGUAAAGUUAAGCGCAUCAUAGCGAACGUUAAAAGAACAACUUGAAGAUUUGAUUAAUAUGAUAAAGAAAUGAAAAGAAGAAAAAGUAGUGAAUACAUAAUUAUAAAAUAAAACAAAAUAACUAAAAACCGCUAUAUGAAUAACUAACUAAUAAUUGUGUGGAGGCAGCAGUAAACAAACAAAUGAAUUUCAUUAAACAUUUUUAAAAUAAGAUAAAUUUAUACACACAUCGACCGCAAAAUAUUGAAGAUUAUCUUUUGGAUUCAAGUGUGAGGUCAUCACGUAUAGCAAUAGUGCACAGAAAACGUGUUAUAUCUUGCAACACAGAUUUCAAGGUCAUUGUUAUUAACGUUUUAUUUAAACUUAACGUUUUAAUAAACAUUUAUAUAAAAUUCUAAAUAAAGUAGAAUAUGUUCUUCUGAACCUUCCCCUCCCCCACCUAUGGAAAUGGAAAGAAAUUUUGAACUAGUUUAUUGAAAAGAAUUCAACACCAUAAACAAUGGAGAAAUUUUUAAUACUCAUACCUAGUGGGUUUAUGUUAUUAUUAGUGUUAUGUGUUCACAAUUGCGGAUGUGAAACCAAACAAAAUAACACUUUACCUGAUUUACCUGUAGAACAUUUAAAGCGUUACUUAAAUACAUUCGCCCAGGUAAAGCAACAGUGCGAACAAAAUAAAGACUGCAAUAGUGAUUUGUUAAAAGAGUUCUCCUCAGCAGAUCGGGAAGCUUGUUGGGGUUUUGAAACGGGAUGUGAAAAGAAAAAUCGUUUUCAAACUCCUUCCUGCCCUGGCCAACAUAGCGGCUGGGUAAGAAAUAAACAAGCACAAUUGGAUACUUUCUAUCAACAGGCUGACUUUGGUUAUGUACAACAUCAAAUCGAAGAAUUAAUGCUAAUGUGUGAGCCCAAACUUAUAACGGAUUCUUCUUUGGAAUGUACAAAAUAUUUAAGAUUUUGUCGUGGCAGAUAUUUGAUGUUAGAUUUUCGAGAUUUAGCUCAAAGAAAUGAACGUAUACGCUAUCAUAUGGAUGUACUGGGACCGGGACAAAUCAAAGGCUAUUGUAAACUAAAUGAAACAAGACUUAAAAAUGAAAUGGAUCACAUGGGUGCCUUACAAUCGUGGUCGCCCGAAUUAAGAAACUUUAAACAAGCUUCAAACAGUUUCGAUGAGCAAAGCGAAGAUUGUGAUAUGUUUAUAAAUACGCCCACAUUUUUAAUGAAAAUCGAUGCUACGUAUAAUAUGUAUCAUCAUUUUUGUGAUUUUUUCAAUCUCUAUGCUACACUAUUCGUUAAUCAAACACACUACACAUCAUUCGAUACAAAUACUCAAAUAAUCGUAUGGGAAACUUACCCGUAUGAUUCACCAUUUGCCGCCACUUUCAAAGCUUUUUCUCAUAACCCAGUUUGGACUCUCGAUCAAGUUAAAGGUAAACGCAUUUGCUUCAGAAAUGUUGUCUUGCCUUUGCUGCCCCGUAUGAUUUUUGGUUUAUACUAUAAUACACCAAUCAUACAAGGCUGCCAUAGUAGUGGUAUGUUUAGAGCCUUUUCCGAGUUUAUAUUACAUCGUUUACGAGUGCCUUUCGAACCUCCUCAAAAGCCAAAAAUCAGAAUAACUUUUCUUUCGCGACGCACAAAAUAUAGGCGAGUUUUAAAUGAGUAUAAAUUGCUGGAAGAAAUAAAGAAAAAUGAAAAUUUUAUUGUUAAUAAAAUAUCGUAUGAAAGAGACCUAUCAUUCCUGCAACAGCUAGAAGUUACAAGGAAUACCGAUAUUUUAAUUGGAAUGCAUGGAGCCGGAUUAACACAUCUUUUAUUCCUGCCCAAUUGGGCAACAAUUUUUGAGCUGUACAAUUGUGAAGAUCCUAAUUGUUACAAAGAUUUGGCACGUUUACGAGGUGUUAACUACAUCACUUGGGAGCAUCGUGAUUUAGUGUACCCUGAAGAUGAAGGACAUCAUCCUGAAGGUGGAGCACAUGCUAAAUUUACAAAUUACGCUUUUGAUGUAAAGGAAUUUUCACGUUUAGUAGAGAAGGCUGCUCAGCAUGUGAGCAAUCACGAAGAGUUUGUGAAUUAUCAAAAAGAUGAUGAGGCUACUCACAAGGAUGAAUUUUAUAAUUCAAUUUUUUUUGUAUAUGUGUAUGAAGAAAAUCUAAUCAUGAAUGCCAACAAUAUUCUAUCAAAUUGUAUUAAGGAACAUUGUCACAAUGACGACAAUUACGACGUCGAUAAAAAUAGUAGUAUCAGUGGAGUUGUUCACAAUGAAGUGUACUAUUGUAAUGCCACACCAUUAGACAAUCAAAGUCUAUCGUUGGUCGCACAACUAUUAACAUGCUCUUCGGUUGAUCAACGUUCGCAAUUCGUAAACUUGCCAAAGUGUUCAAUACGGGGAACGCUCGACGCAAUGGAGACGUAUGAUAAACAUUCGGUGAAAAGUUUCUAUCGUGUUUGGCAUAUACAAUGUACAAUUAUUGUGACUUUAAUAGCCAUAGCUUUAGCCCGUGCAUUUAUUCGUGUUCGUGUUAAUGAUGAAAAAAGUGAAAAAUUCAAAAUUUGGUUACGUUAUAUUUUAGAAUUUAUCCUGAUCUCGUUGCCCGUUAUUGUUAGUGUGAAUGUGGCUAACAAAUAUGUCGAAUAUAUCGUUGGAUUUUCAUUUGUACUAUUGCUUUUUAUAAUUUGGCGCACAAAAUGUUGGCAGUUGGCGGCGAAAAGAGAUUUUCAAUUUGGUCGCAGACCAAUACUCUUUACACUCAUGCGUUCUACCAUAAAUUUUCUAACAGCUCUCUGUAUACUAGCUAUUGAUUUCAAAAGUUUUCCCAAGACAUUUCGUAAAUCCAGACGUUAUGGUGUUGGCCUAAUGGAUGUUGGUAUUGGUUUAUUUAUUUUCUCCAUGGGUCUGGUAACGUCAAGACCUCGUAAACUCUCCGAUUUACGUAAACUUGUAUUUACUGUGGCCUGUAUGUUGUUAUUGGGUUUAGCGCGUACUAUAGUAAUAACGGCCAUAGAUUAUCAUCAGGAUGAACAUGAGUAUGGUACACAUUUGAAUGCAUUCUUUACACUGGGUUUAACGAAAUUGUUUGCCACCUUUUUUGCUUUUCUGGCUAGAAGCAAUAAAAAUUUGCUACCAUUAGGUUUGGUCAUCUUACUCUCCCAUGAAGUCAUUCUACAAUGUGGAGUCUGGAAGUACGUAAUGAAUCCAAAAUUAGAACGUACUAAUUUCAUAAGUUCAAAUCGUGAAGGUCUCUGCUCACUGCCAGGAUUUAUAGCACUCUAUCUACUAUCACAAUAUCUGGGACAAUGGCUACAAGCCAAAGAUCUACUAAACUUUGAGGAAAUUAAACAAAAAUUCAAAACACUCUCAUUAACAACUAUAGGUCUAUGGCUAUUAGUGACCUUAAAUAUAUUUGUAUUUGGCAUAGCUAGAGUUACUUGUAAUUUCGGUUAUGUAAGCUGGAUUUUAGCCAUAGCUGUAACUAUGUGUACAUUAUAUUUAUUUGUAUUCGAUAUAGUAUUAGAUACAUUAAAACCCAUCGAUGAGGAUAAUAAUAGAGUUAAUUUAACAGAAAUGACUAUAACAAAAUCUACAAUUAAUUUAAAUUCCAAAAUACCUCUAGUCAUAGAAGCGGUUAAUUAUAAUGGUUUAACGUACUUUUUACUAGCCAAUAUUUUGACUGGUUGUACAAAUAUGUUUUUAGCAACCGAUGAGAAAACCGAUUUACAAAGUGUUUUCAUAUUAUUUUUUUAUAUGCUUAUAACAACAACAUUUAUUUUUAUAUUGUUUCGUUUUAAAAUAAGAAUUGCCUAAGAUGUAUUUUAUAAUGCAAAGAAAAAAAAAAAAAUAAAUUUAAUAUAUAUAUUUUUUAUAUUCCACUUAAUAAUUGUGAUAAUGUUUAAUGUUUAGGUUGUUUUUUUUGUUUUAAAUAUAGAUUAUUUAUUUUUGAAAGUAGUUUUUGUAAACAAACUAAAUUAAAGUAAAUAUUAAGUAAUGUUUAUUAUUUAAGAU